UGACGGCUGUACGUCAGAGGCGCGCGUUCACGUCACGAUUCGUGCUCUGUACGCGGCGCGCACUCGAACGCAGGUGUGGACUGGCAUUUAUCGUGCACUGAUAUUGUACGGAGACGCAGGAAAGCGUUAAAAACAUUGUAAUAUGUGGAAGUCAGUGGUGGGGCACGAUGUUAAUGUAAAGGUGGAGACAGAGGGAGAUGACUGGGAAACAGAUCCAAAUUUUGAGAAUGAUGUCUCAGAGCAAGAACAGAGAUGGGGUGCCAAGACUAUUGAAGGGUCUGGUCGUAAAGAGCACAUCAGUAUUGCAGACCUGAGAAAUAAGGUGUCUCAUGAACAUGAGGUGGUUAAGAAAAAAGAGAUGGAGAAUUGCCCUAAAGCCUCUUAUGGCUAUGGUGGAAAAUUUGGAGUGGAAAAAGAUAGAAUGGACAAGGGUGCUUUAGGACAUGACUAUGUGGCAAAGGUGGACCAGCACUCAUCUCAGACGGAUGCAGCAAAGGGUUUUGGGGGGAAAUAUGGAGUUCAGAAGGACCGUAUUGACAAGUCUGCCAUGAAUUAUGAAUAUAAAGGUGAAGUGCAGCAACAUGCAUCUCAGAAAGAUUAUGCCAAAGGUUUUGGUGGCAAGUACGGUGUGCAGAAAGAGAGGGUUGACAAAGCUGCGAUGGGCUACGACUACAAAGGCGAGACUGAAAAACAUCAAUCACAGAAAGACUAUGCAAAAGGCUUUGGUGGAAAAUAUGGGGUGGAGAAAGAAAAAGUUGAUAAGGCUGCAUUGGGUUAUGACUACAAAGCCGAAACAGAGAAACAUCAGUCACAAAAAGACUACGCCAAGGGCUUUGGAGGCCGAUAUGGAGUUGAGGCGGAUCGCAUGGAUAAGAGCGCAGCUUCAUUUAAUGAAAUGGAGUCACCAUCAUCAUCAUAUGAAAAACCAAAAGCUUAUGAGGCCUCAAGUGUAGGAGCUGGAAACCUAAAGGCUCGAUUUGAGAACAUGGCAAAGGCUUCGGAUGACGAGAACAAAAAAAGAGCGGAGGAGGAGAGAACCAGAAGACUCGCCAGAGAGAAACGAGAACAGGAAGAGGCACGACACAGGCAACAGGAGCAAAGCAGACAAGAAGAAGUAGAGGAAAGCAAGAAACCUCCUCCUGUGCCGACUCCACAGAAAUUCAAAAAACUCCCACAGAUACCCAGAGAUGAACCUGAGCCAGAACCACAGGAGGAGAGCAGAUAUGAAGAAGAGGAGGAGAGCGAGAAACCACCUCCUGUGCCACCUCCACAGACAUUUAGAAAACUGCCAGAAAUUCCCAGAGAUGAACCUGAGCCAGAACCACAGAUGGAGGAACCACCUGACUAUGAGGAACCACCAUCUCUGCCACCACGCUCGGCUGACCUGUUAGAGGAAAACGAGGAGGAAGCAGAUCCUUAUGAAGCUCCUCCACUUCCACCACAGGAGGAAGAUUAUGAGGAUAUUGGAUCAUACAUUCCCGCAGCUGCUGAAAAUGACUAUGAAGAUAUUGGCGUUGGACAGACAGCCACGGCCAUUUAUGAUUACCAGGGAGAGGCCAGCGACGAACUCUCCUUCAUGCCGGAUGACAUCAUCACAAACAUUGAGAUGGUGGAUGAGCAUUGGUGGAAAGGGACUUGUCAUGGGCACAAUGGCUUGUUUCCCGCCUCCUUUGUGCAGCUUAAUAGUUAAUCAUUUAUGAUUGCUAGACACUUUCCAAAGCAAGGGCUGUGUUAACAUAGCAUAUUAACAUGCUACUAAUCCUGCGGUCAGGAUACAGUGCACUAUAGCAGUGGUUUUCAAACUUUUUCAGCGUGCGGCCCCCCCUUGUAUAUGGUGCAUUCCUUUGCGGACCCCCAAUUUUUUUUUAUAACAAAUUUGUUCUAAAAUGUAACAUUUAAUAAGACAAACAUAUUAAAGUAUACAAAGUAGUGCUGUUGGUUAGUAGCCUUAUUUUUUUUUAGGUUUAAUUACACAGAAUUCAUGAUAAAUUAAUGUGUUUUAUGAAAUUUCAUAAAACUGGGGCCCCCCUGGCACCAUCUCACGGCCCCCAGUUUGAGAACCACUGCACUAUAGUAUGCAAUAUGUAAAUAGCGUGCAUGGAACAAAGUUUUGACCUGCUACAUUUGCUAAAAUGUACAGUAUACGACAGAAUACAGUUAGUUGAGUAAUAUAAGACAGUGUUGUUCGUCACUUGACCUUAUCUUAGUUUGAUCAAUAAUCAACAUUUGGUCCAAAUUGAUUUAACAAUUUUUUUUCCCUUAUACGUCAACUGAAAAACUGUCCCAUUUUGUAAUGUCCCAUUACAAUCCUAAUGUUGUUUCAAAUGUGUGUGGAAAAUGCCAAUUUUUUCACUUACUAUUAAAGGGAUAGUUCACCCAAAAAUGUCAAUUCUGUCAUCAUUUACUCACUCUCAUGUUGUUACAAACCUGUAUAAAUUUCUUUGUUCUGAUGACAACAAAGGAAGAUAUUUUAAGGAAUGUUUGUAAUGUUCAUGAGCUCCAUUCACUUCCAUAGUAUUCUUUUAUCCUACUAUGGAAGUCAAUGGGGCUCAUGUUCGGUUUGGUUUUAAACAUUCCUCAAAAUAUCUUCCUUUGUGGUCGUCAGAACAAAGAAAUUUAUACAGGUUUGUAACAACAUGAGAGUGAGUAAAUAGCUGCGUUUCCAUUGCAAUUUGCGUUAAACUUUAGCGUUAUUUUUUACGUCAAUAAAAGACGAUUGCGAAAUGACGGCAUUUCCGGAAAAAUGUUUUUCCCUCUCGCAACAAGUCAUUCCAAACAUCACAUCGACUGAUCUUGGUAGGUUUACCAAUUUCACAUCCACCGCACUAGGCAUUAUUUUUAACCGAAGGAGACGUAAGAGUAUUAUCCAAACAUUAAUGCCAUGUAAAGCCCCUUAUACUUAGAAGCGGCAACGUAUAGGUAAACAUACUUUAAGGUAAUAGUACAUUAUUUUAAAUCAAAAGAGCUGUAGGAGUGUUUUGGCAAACAUUCUUGGCAAGAAAAGCAGCAUAAUUGGAAACAGACACAUAUUGAGGUGUUUCUGGGAGGUUUUAGUACAUACCACAUCAUCUUUAAAUAAUACUUAUGACUAACUGACUACAGGUGACCUGAAAAUGCGAAUAAACUGUUUGCAUUGCAGUUUUGCGAAAUAUACCAUUUAGGAAUUGCCUGAAAAACCACCUUAGGCGAGCGUAAAAACUUUUUGGGAUAUAUGGGAAUUUUUUUCUAUUUGGCAGAAUUUUCAAUUCGCAAUGUCAAUUUGCGCAAUUUAAAUGGUAAUGAAACGCAGUUAAUAAUGACAGUUUUCAAUUUUGGGUGAACUAACCCUUUAAAGGUGCAGUGUGUAAUUUUUAGAAGGAUCUUUUGAAAGAAAUGCAAAAUAAUAUACAAAACUAUAUUAUUAGUGGUGUAUAAAGACCUUUUAAAAUGAACCGUUAUGUUUUUAUCUACAUACAAAGAGGGUCCCCUUACAUGGAAGUCGCCAUUUUGUGCCACCAUGUUUCUACAGAAGCCCUUAACGGACAAACCGUUUUACUAAGUUGUCUCCGACGAUGAAAUGUUUGUCCGGUGGUGGCUACCGUAGCUUCAUGCAUUUCAAAAGCGAGGGUUGGGCAGUGGACUGAGCCGUUGGUUGCAAUUCGCAACCUCACCACUAGGUGCCACUAAAAUUUACACACUGCACCUUUAAAGGAAACAUAGGUCCUAUAAAAUAUAUACUGUUGCACAGUAACAAGUCUUGAAUGUACGCAAAACAAAAAUUCUAUUGCAUUUUUCAAUUUACAUACAGUCGCAAUAUACAGACAUGCACAGAAUGCCAUUUUACAUAAUUUGCUGUUUACUUGUUUGUGGUUUUGAAAAGCCUUAAAUGCAAAGGUAUUGUAUUCUGCCUUAGAAAUACACCUAGGGCCUAUGAAGCUGGUUUAGUUGGUAGCCGGGUAAGUUUACGAUUAGUUUGUGCAAAUCCUGGGUUUUGGGUACCAUGAAAAUAGCUUGUACCAACCAGGCUUGAUCACAUUGGCGUGGUUCUGUCAACCUCAAACUAAUCCUGUAACCCUGAGUUUGUUAAACCAUUUUCAUAGUACAGGCCCCUGCAGUUGUAUACUAGGUGUAUAUACUGUAUUGAGCCAUUUGGUUACGCUGGCACCUUAAAUAAUUCAAACAGUGUUUCUUCAUUCACAGAUUCAAUGUUAUUCAUUCCUUCACAAAAUAAAAGCACAAACAUGAA